AUGGAUAUCUUCAUGAAAAAUAUAGGCUUUAAUACGACUCAGUAUGAGCUCACGCAAUGUCUGGCCGAUAUUCUCCACCAUGAGCCCUACACUCGGCUAUCGGGCUUGCCUAUCAACUUCAAUGUACGGCUAUUCAAGGACAAGAACGGCGGGGUUCGCCAACAUCGCGGCAUAGGCAUCUUGACUGUCCCCACUCUGGACAUCGGAAACCUCUUUCUACACGAAUACGGCGGCCCAUUCACUACGAAGCGAUGCACUCCUCGCAGUGGCCAAGGUCGCGCGAUCCAAUUUCAGAAAGCUAAUCGCCAGCCGCCUGAUCCCAGCAUCUUGGAGGAUAUACGCCGCCUCCCAUAUCAGGACCCGCAGGCAGUACGACAGCAAAACGAGCGCACUAACUACCUGCAACGAAAUCAAAUCGCCGUCAGCGCCGUCCAGUUUGGGUGGGACUGUCGCGACGCUGUGUUUUCCAUCGAAUGGGAGGAGACAUUCCAGUGGAACGACGCGUAUGUCAUGUUCGACGACGAGCGGCGAGAGAUACGGGUCCGUAUGCGCCACCCCGACUCGCCUGGGAGACUGCUCGCUAUUGCGAUGCGCUACACGCAAAUCAUGAUUAUAUCCGCGCCCCGCCAUUCUGACAAUCCUGCCAUCACGAUCAGCCUCUCCGUCGCGCCUUUCUUCGAGUCUGAGGUACCCAACCCCUCGCAGGACGAUCGCCGCGUUCGCCUACCCCACCUCCCGUUCGGGCAUCAUGAAGACGUCGUUGCUUUCACGUCACUUGCCCUGCGCCUCGUCCUGCCAUCGCAGGAAUCCCUCCGACGAUUCCACGAGGUCGCUGCCGUUGCAGACGUACACCACCUCGACGACUGCGACUACCCCGCUGUCCGUCGAAAUAUCUUCGGUCCCAUCGUUAUGGGCCGCAUACAAGAGUGGCAGCGCCACUUCCCUUGGGCCGUCUCCUUCCAGAUCGAGGGCUUACUCCGCUGCCUACACAUGGGCCCUGACGAGCUUUUGACCUUCAUGCCUAGGGUCCAUGCCAUACACCGGCGCCAUGGCACCUCAUAUACCGCUCUAUUCCUCAAGUACUUCCAGAGUCGGCUGGUUGCUUGGGUGCAGUACGAGGACGAGUCGGAGUCGAUCGACGAGUGCUUCCAGCGCGCGACGAAGGAGUUCGCGAAGCAGGGGCUGAACGAGGUGGUCAAACCGACCGACGGUAGCGUCUUCGACUCACUGCAUGUGAUCGUAACGCCGACGACGAUGAUUCUGGAGGGCCCGUUCCCCGAGCGGUCGAAUCGUAUCAUCCGGAUGUACGACGCGAAGUAUCAUGAUUGCUUCCUGCGCGUGAGCUUCGUGGAAGAGGGGCGGCUGCAGUAUCGGUUCGACAGGGAGGUCGAUGGACGAACGUUCAUUCGCGAGCGCAUUGGGCCUUUGCUGAAAAAGGGCCUUCACAUCGCUGGACACAAGUUCGAGUUCCUUGCGUAUUCGCAGUCGGCGCUGAAGGAGCAUGCUGUUUGGUUCGUCAAACCUUUCCGCCCUGACGGCCAACGCGCCGACGUGAACGCCGCCACCAUCAUCGCCGGUAUCGGUGAUUUCAGCACCAGCAAGGACCGCUUCUGCCCAGCGCGCUACGCCGCCCGUCUCUCGCAGGCCUUCACCGCCACCGACGCCUCCGUCUUUGUCGAGGCGGAGGAGAUCGGUUACCACGACGACAUAUCCACCAGCGAUGGAGCAUACCACUUCACCGACGGCGUGGGGACGAUGUCGAAGGAGAUGGCGAGGGAUACGUGGACGGAGCUGCGUCGGACGAGGAAGAGGGCGCGGAAGAGCAAGGGGACGCCGGCGAGUUUUCAGGUUCGGCUGAUGGGGUCGAAGGGGAUGUUGAGCGUGGAUUAUAAGCUAAGGGGGAGGGCGGUUUGCUUGAGGCCGUCGAUGAUCAAGUUUGAGGCGCCGGAUAGUUUGAACUUGGAGAUCGCGAGGGCGUUUGACAGGCCGGGGAAAUACUACCUCAACCGCCCGCUCAUCAUGCUCCUCGAGGGCCUCGGCGUCCCCUACGAGACCUUCCUCAAAUACCAGGACCUCGCUGUCCGCGAUGCCCACCGUGCCACCGAAUCCCUUGAGCACGCCGCCCGUAUGCUCGAAGCCUUCGGCCUCGGCACCUCCUUCCGCCUCCCCUCCGUCCUCCUUAACCUCGAAAAACUCGGCAUCGACCAUCUCCCCGGGGAUGCCUUCUACGACCGCAUGCUCGAAUUCGCGAUCAACCACGUCCUGCGAGUGCUCAAGAACCACGCGCGCAUCCCGAUCCCGGGCGCAUACACGCUGGUGGGCGUAGCAGAUGUGCAUCGGUAUCUAGCGGAAGGGGAGGUGUUCGCGUGCGUGAAGGAGGUGGAUAGUAAUAGGAUUGAGUAUCUGGAGGGGGAUAUCUUAAUCUCGAGGUCACCGACCAUACAUCCGGGGGAUGUGCAGGUGGUGAGGGCGAUCGGGCGGCCGCCGGCGGGGUCGCCGUUUGCGCAGGAGCCGUUGGCGAAUACUGUCGUGUUUUCGGUCAAAGGUUCAAGACCUUUGCCAUCGAUGCUUGGAGGCGGCGACCUCGAUGGGGACGUGUACAACCUGAUUUGCCUGGAUACGACACAUCCAGAAUUCCGUCCCGCACGAACCUGCGACCCCGCAUCCUACGCUGCGGCCCCCAGGAAAGUACUGGACCGACCAGCCAACAUGGACGACGUAGCCGACUUCGUUUUGGACUUCAUGAGUUUCGAUGUCCUGGGCAUCAUCGCCAUCAACUGGCUGGUCAUCGCAGACCAGAGUCAGGAGAAUAUUUUCGAUAACGACUGCCUGACGCUGUCGCAACUGCAUAGCGAUGCGGUUGACUUUCCGAAGUCGGGACAACCGGUAGAAAUUACCAAGAUCCCCAAGCUCAAGUUCAAGGCGAAGCCCGACUGGAACGCGCCGGAGACAGUCAAUCCUGACUCGGCGAGGUAUUACGAGAGCCAGAGGGCCAUUGGGAAACUCUUCCGCGCCAUCGAGCUCACCGCUGUCCGCACUGUCAACCAAACCUCUCGCGCCCAAGGGCGUAGACGACGCCAACGCCGAACAACCCGCGACGAUGUCGCCGAGUCCCUCUCCGGCCUGAGCAUGGACGACAUCGACGACCCCCUGUUCGACGCCCUCUACGACCGCGUCGCCGCCUACGACAUGAAGGUCAACGAAGAGGCCACGCUGGAGGAGGUUGAGUCCACCGGCCAGCUCUUCCAGCGCUACGUGAACGAGCUGCGCAGCAUUUGCGCCACGAACACGCUCUCGCAGUCGCGCGCCGCGAUGCUCACGGAGGAGGAGGCGACCGUCGGCACGAUCGUGCAGAAGACGUCGCAGCCAAGGAAGCGCAAGGAUCAGAUGGCGAAGCUCAGGGAGCAGACGGACUUUUUGGUGAGGGGGAUCAGGGAGGAGAUGGCGGGGGACGACGAUGAUAUCCCGGAGGUGCCGCUGCAUAGGGCGUGGCUGGCGUGGCAGCUGGCGUAUCAGAAGCAGAAGCAGAAGUUGUUUGGGGCGCAGAGCUUCGGGUGGGUGGCGAUGGGUGCUAUCUUUGAGGCGGUGAAGGAGAUCGAGGAUAGAAUGAAGGAGGAGCAGGCGUUUAGGUUUUACUAA